UUCUUGUUCUUCUUGUUCUUCUAGUUAUUGUUUGUGAGAAGCACAAAUCCGCAACUUUUGUUCAUUAAAGAUAAAUUUUGUUAGAUCUAGUGAAAUGUAGCAGGGAUUGGUCAUGGAAUAUGAGUUAUUUGGCUUUUGGUUUUGUUGGAGUAGCUCUUUUUUACCAUUUCUGGAUUGGCCGAAUCUGGAAUAUUGAGUUUUUUCUCUAUUCUCUUUCUGAAAGGUUCGAACUUAAAAGCGUGAAAUAGUGGGUUUUACUAUUUGUAGAAGUACUGGAGUGAGGGCUUUUAGAAGGAAGAAUAUUCAAAUGCCAUUACUUUUUGUGGCACUGUUUGUGGUUCGCCUGAGACGUUUUGUGUUCUUAAGAGUGAUGGUUUGGAGGAGCUUAGCUUGAAAUGCUUAGCAGCUGAAAGAAAUUGACCAAGGAUAGGACUUCAAUUUGAAUCUAAGAGGUGCUUUGCAGUAAAACAUACUGGACAACAUCCUGGGUAGUCUACCAAUUCUAGGUGAUAAUACUUUUCGGAAGCACAGUUCGUUCUGAGUUGGUAGAAUCCUGAUGUGAAGUAUCUUAAGUUUCACAGUCAUAUAACAACAUUGGAAACAAAAAACUGCUCAUGUGUACUGAAUGGAAAUGAAAUCUGCACAGGAUUCUCCAUGUGCUGCAGAAGGUCAACCACCUUCACAAGAAUCUCAAGGUAACCAGCAGAAUAAUGGAGGUGGUGAUGCUCCUGUAGCAGAAUCUAAUGCUACUGCAAACAGUGAUAACAAGAAAGUCUCUCGUGAAGAUAUUGAAUUUGUUCAGAAUCUGAUAGAACGAUGUUUACAACUUUAUAUGAAUAGGGGAGAAGUAGUCAGAACUCUGUCUAGUCGUGCCAGGAUUGAGCCAGGCUUUACAACCUUAGUAUGGCAGAAGCUUGAAGAAGAGAACUCUGAUUUUUUCAGGGCUUACUACACAAGGCUGAAACUGAAAAAACAGAUUAUCAUCUUCAAUCAGUUACUAGAGCAUCAGUACCAUCUAAUGAAUUAUCCUGUUCCACCUAAGGUUCCUCUAGCUCCUAUACAAAACGGAAUUCAUCCUAUGCCCGUCAACAAUUUACCUAUGGGGUACCCUGUGAUCCCGCAGCCUCAAAUACAACCAGGCCAACAACACCUUGAUUCUGUAGGAUGUGGACUAUCUAGUUGUCAUGUAGUCAAUGGAAUCCCUGCACCGGGCAGCUUUCAACCCAUUCGAAUGAAUUCUGUAAAUGAAAGCAUAAACGAAGCAGCUCCAGCUGCAGCUCUAGGCAAUGCUGUGUCAAAUGUCCCAGAUAUGGCUGUUAGCCCUGCUUCAGCAGCAUCAAGCAAUCACUUCCCUUUCACACCAUCUGAAAUCUCAGGUAUGGGCUUGGAUACAGCAGCUCUCGAUGCAGCCUUCACAUCUGAUGUAGCAACAGCUGGAGGAUUACCAGAUGGUGGUGUUGGAUCUUCAAGGGACUCCAUCAGAUCCUUGGGCCAACUAUGGAACUUCAGUCUUUCAGAUCUGACAGUUGAUUUAACAAAUUUGGGAGAUCUUGGACCUAUUGGGAAUUACCCUGGCUCACCCUUCCUGCCCUCAGACUCAGACAUCCUGCUUGACUCUCCUGAACCGGAUGAUAUAGUUGAGGAAUACUUUGCUGAGAUCAACAAUGGGCCAUCCUCUCAGUCAGAUGAAGAGAGAUCAUAGUUGUCAGAGCUACUUUUUAGGUUUCAUUUGGGAUGGCUUUUUUAUUGCUUUUUAAAACAGAGUUUUAGUUAAAAAUUUUAAUUUUUGUAUUAAAAUUUUGUUUUAAGAAACAAUAAAAAGCCGUCACAAACAAAUCCUUAGUGUGCUAUCUCGCUUUGAAAUCAAAUACAAUAAUCAGAUCAGUGCAUCAGUCUAUUCUGAACUAAAGCUUGAUUAAGCUCUCCUGUUUUCUAUCUUUAAUCCAAACAAUUUUGUGAUUGAACAUUUGAGUAAUUGAGAGUAUUAGACAAAUAAAGAGAGAAUAAAUGCCUGUCUGGGCAGUCAUGUUGUAGUUUUGGUUUC